GAUACAGAAAAUAUGGCUGGAAUGUUACCUGGAGUAGGGGUGCCUUUGAGGAGGAGAACACAUAACCAUCACCGUCAAGACUCUAGUUGCAGCCGCUUUGAAAGCCCUCUACGGGAGCGGCGUGCGCCGUCGGUCCCUGUUGUUUGCACCUUGGAUGAAACAGCGCUAAGAGCUCGCCAACGCCUGGAGAGAAGGCUAGGCUCCUUGUAUCCUGCUUCCAGGUCAAGUGAAAUGCAAUCAAAUAUUGGUCGUGGCCUCGACCUUAAAGCAUACAAAAAGAAUUCUCGGUUGGCAAAAAAACUGUUAGGGAAGCAGUGGAACUUCAAACUCAGAAGAUGUAAAUCACAAAGGAAUAUUUGUUCUGUUUGUUUAGAAGAAUUUCAAGCAGAGCAACCGGUAAUGGACCUCUCAUGUUCCCACAAGUACCAUUCAGAUUGCCUUCUUCCUUGGCUUGCGGACCAUCCUCAUUGCCCCUAUUGUCGAACUCCUGUCCACUCCUGAUCUCAUGACUCUUAUUCCUCAUGGAAAAUAGCUUCGGAUUUUCUCUAAUUUAUUCGAAGGGAUCCGAAUAUAGAUGAAAAAAUAUAAAUUUUUUUGUGUAAGGUAAAGCAAAAGGCUUUUGGCAGUGUAAUGAAGCUCUAUAUGACGAUUUUUGUACUCAUCAGGAUAGUUUGUAAAG